AUGCCCUCUGUGAACACGGGCUUUAGGAAGUGUUGUCUGGACCAUGGGAAAGCAGCCUCCCAUGUGGAAACACUGGAGCUGACUUACCUUCUGACACAGAGCGGAAAGAGCUGGGGUUCAUUCGUCUGUUUGUCUCUGGACCCGGGCCUGCAGGAUCCAGCCUCGUCUCCAUGGAAACCCCUGUGUGGACAUGAGGCAGCUGAAGUUGUCAGUGCUGGCCGCUCUCCUGGUCGAGUCGUGUCUAAAAUCUCUGGUGUGUUUUCUCAAUCCACUCCUGCUGUCUCCGAAGCACAGUCCAGGUGUGAGGUCAUGCUGAGGCAGUGGUCCUGA